AUGAAGCGUAAAAGGGCCGAUGGAAACCGGAAGACCAUUGCAGCUCUUCGUGCAGGUGUUACUGCAUUGAGUGUAUCCAGUGCUGCGGCAGCGAAGGAGCUUACUUGUCGGGAUGCGCAUGUCAGUGCCAUCUUGGACUUCCUAAAUGACAAUGUUCAUCCUGUGAUGCAGAUUUUUGGCAUGCCUGGGACAGGGAAAACUGCUUCUGUAAAUCAUGCGCUUGCCCUUCUUGCGCAAUCCUGCUCCUCUGAAAAGAAACCGACUGCAGUAUUUCUUAACGGUUAUGUGAUUCAGAAAAACACCGAUAUAUACUGGACAUUGAAUUGUCAUCUAAGCAAGGCUCGUCUUGGACACACAGAGAACUGUUCACCUGAGCAAUGUGCUGCAUUGAUAGAAAAGCGUUUUAGACAAGGUUGGGGUGACGUCUCAACGCCUUUGUGCGUUAUUGUUAUUGAUGAGGUGGAUAAGGUUUUAAAGCGACAUCACAAGGCCUUUUUCAGAAUUGUAGACUGGUUGAGUUUCCCUUAUGCGUCUUGUAAACUUAUUACAAUUUCUAACAGUAUGGAAUUAGCAGCAGAUGCCAAAACAAGAAGUCGGCUGGAUAUCACUAGAAGAUUGGUUUUUGAACCUUAUAGCUUCCCCGAACUAAAGGAAAUUCUUUUACGAAGAGUUGGUAAGAUUAAGCCAACGCUCUUCGCCGAGAAAGCCAUCAACUAUUUGUGUAACCAGACAGCCUCCCAUUAUGGAGAUGUGAGACGUCUUCUACAAUCUGCGUCGUCCGCCGUUUGCAGCUUAAUGAUGAAAUUGGAAGAGGGUUAUAGUGUCCCAGAUACGCAAGAUGGUCUGUUGUCUGUUAAAGAUGUUCAUGCUGUUGUUCGACAAAUAUUUCAUGACCGUUUUGUGGAAUUUAUUCAAACCAUUAGGUUACCAAUUCUCUUUAUUAGUGUGGCUGUUAUAGCUCACGAGACGACGAAAGUGUUUCGAGCAAACCCAAGUGAUACUCGUUUGUCUUUGGACAAUUUGUUUUUAGCAACCAAAAGGGCUCAACAAACCUGUACCGCUUCACUUGGUGAACCUCACUCUAUGGAUUUAACCUAUGGAGCUUAUCUGGACAUUGUCGAAAUGCUGCGUGAAGUUGCUUUGAUUGAUGUGUCGUUAGGGGAAGAACGUAUCCCUGUGAAGACGGCGCAGCAUCUUCUUGAGGCCACCGAAACUGCAUAUGUUUCUAUGCUGCAGCCCUUUCCUACAGUAGUGGAUGCGUGUAAAUUACAUGACGUCUUUGGUGAAGGGAUAAUGCCACUGUUCAAGACUUAA